GUGAGGACGACUGGGUUUUGUAGUGCUGUUGUCGGAGGUUUCAGCGCCCUCAACUGAGAUUAUGGACUACAACUGCCAGUACGACUAGCGGUCGGCGGAGCGAUUCACACAUCCUUUGAUGGCGUCGGCGCAAGCGCGCUUAGCCCCCGUCUAGCGUUCCGCGUAGAGCCUACGAUAAAAGGAACGGAGGAAGGCCACACAAUGUCGAAGGGGCCUCUUCCUAGCUCUCCGUCUGCUUCCUCAACAUCUCCUGCCCCCGUUACCGGCGGAGCGCUGCAGGCCCAGCCGGAGAAGCCCCAGCAUUACACGUACCUGAAAGAAUUCAGAACAGAGCAGUGUCCUCUUUUCGUGCAGCACAAGUGUACCCAACAUCGGCCCUAUACCUGUUUCCACUGGCACUUUGUCAACCAACGUCGAAGAAGGUCUGUUAGAAGGAGAGAUGGAACUUUCAACUACAGUCCAGACAUCUAUUGCACAAAGUACGAUGAAACCACAGGACUGUGCCCAGAGGGAGAUGAAUGUCCUUUUCUACACAGGACUACAGGUGACACAGAGAGAAGAUACCACCUGCGCUACUACAAGACUGGUAUCUGCAUCCAUGAGACAGAUUCCAAGGGUCAUUGUACUAAGAAUGGGCAGCAUUGUGCUUUUGCCCAUGGCCCCCAUGAUCUGCGCACUCCAGUGUAUGACAUCAGGUGGGAACCUGCUUACCUGACACUCAGGGAGUUGCAGGCAAUGGAAGCCUUGCAGAAUGGGCAGCCAGCUUUAGAUGGAGCAAUAGAGGGGCAAACGGCUGUUGCUGCCAGCCAUGCCAUGAUUGAGAAAAUCCUGGGAGAAGAACCACGCUGGCAAGAUACCACAUAUGUCCUUGGCCAUUACAAGACCGAACAAUGUAAAAAACCUCCCCGACUGUGCCGUCAAGGCUAUGCCUGCCCGUACUACCACAACAGCAAAGACCGGAGAAGGAGUCCACGUCAAAACAAAUACAGGUCUUCCCCAUGCCCCAAUGUGAAACAUGGAGAUGAAUGGGGAGAUCCCAGCAAGUGUGAAAGCGGGGACUCUUGUCAGUACUGCCACACUCGCACGGAACAGCAGUUCCACCCAGAGAUCUACAAAUCAACUAAAUGCAAUGACAUGCAACAGUCUGGGAGCUGCCCACGUGGGCCAUUCUGUGCCUUCGCACACGUGGAACAGUCCCUUUUGUGCGAUGAUCUGCAGUCACCCUCUACUGUUUCAAGCCCAACACAAGCUGGACCUGUUAUGUAUAUGCCAUCAGCGGCAGGAGACUCUGUUCCAGUGAGUCCCUCCAGCCCGCAUGCUCCGGAUUUCAGCAACGUAUGGGGAAAAAUGGGUCAUCUUCCCACUAGUCCAACAUCAGCUACAAUGUUGUGCGCCAGCUUAGGAAGUCCGACAAACCCAUGUGGCUCUCCUCCUGGAUCCCUGGGGAAACCGCACAGCCUGGAUAGUUUGGGCUUCCAUUCUGACCUAUCUAGUAACUAUAAGAAAGCCCCUGGAUGUGAACGGGAGGACUCCGUAGGAGCCGAGUAUCUUAAAAGCUUCAAAAGCCAGACAAAGUUAAAACAGCACUCCCUGGAACACAGAAAUCAGGAGCAGCCAAUUCUGCAGUGCAAACAGGAGGCCCUAGCAAUAAUGCCCAUGGGCAGCCCCCUCACCUCUAGCAUCUCCUCCAGUAUAACGUCUAGCCUGGCUGCCACACCACCAAGUCCUGCGGCCACAAGUGGUACCCCUGGUAUGAAUGCCAACGCACUUCCCUUCUACCCAACCAGUGACACCGUGGAGUCUGUCAUAGAAUCUGCUCUGGAUGAUCUGGAUCUAAAUGAAUUUGGGGUGGCUGCCCUGGAGAAAUCUUUUGAUAGUAACACAGCUUCAUCCUCAGGAGGAAUCAUGAUUGGUGGCAGCCUAAUGCAGAGCUCUGCUCCUGUGAAUAUACCUGGAUCUUUAGGCAGUUCAGCAUCUUUCCACUCCACCUCUCCAUCCCCUCCAGUCACCUUGUCUUCUCACUUCCUCCACCAGACUGCAGGUACACACAGCCAGUCUGACAACACCUUUCUCAGCACGUCUGCGCAUGGCUCACUGGGUCUUAAUGGAAUGAGCAACAGUAUAUGGGAGCACUUUGUGUCUGGCAGUUACUCUCCAGGGACAUCUCCUGCCUUUCUUUCCGGCCCAGGUGGUGCUGAGCUAGCGAGGCUUCGUCAGGAGUUAGAGGAGGCCACCAGUACCAUAAAACAAUGGGAGGACUCCUGGAAGCAAGCAAAGCAGGCUUGUGAUGCGUGGAAGAAAGAAGCAGAGGAGGCCAACGAGCGAGCCACAGCAGCUAGCAUCGAGUGUGAGCUGGCUCGCGAGCAAAGAGAUGCUCUGGAGAUGCAGCUUAAAAAAUUGCAAGAAGAGCUUGAAAGAAUCCCAGGAACACAAGACUCAAAAUUGCACAGCUCUUUGACAGAGCUAGAAGGUCUACCCCUUAAUACACUCUACAGCAUCCAGAAGCAACUACACACAAGCCUGGAAAGAGUCGACAAGGUCAGACUCAGGGGCAGUGUUCCAGCUCCAAUCAACAAAAUGCCAUAAAUGCCAGGAACAAAACAGGACAAUGUUACAGUGCCAACAUGCGAUGCUGUGCGAAGUAUGUGCAACAGAACGUGGCGAUUGUUCAGCCUGUAAGCCCAGCAUUGCCCCUAUUCUGCAACCAUGACCAUAGCCUGCCUGGACCCAGGCUAUUGAGAACUCCAUUUUAUAUACAAUUAUAUAAAUAUAUAUUCAUACAGUGAAAUCCUAGUGAAACUAAGCACUUUUAAACAUGACUUUUCCAUUCCUUAGAAACUUGCUUCUUCAAGUCUACAUUUUUUUUUCUAUUGAGGGAGACUCUGAAAAUGAAACGGAGAUUCAAAGAGCCUGCCCUGUUGCUAUUCUUCAACAUUCGUGGGGACGGUCGAAAUUUUGUAUUUCCAUUUUUAUCGCCUAAAAAUGGAUCACUUUCUGGCAGAAUUCUUUUAAAAAAAAAAAAAUGAAGCAAAAAAACCAUACAUGCCUUGGACUCUUACUUAUACGUCAGAGGCAUCGUCU